UCUCUUUCUUCUCUGAUAGGAUCUGCUACAUAACUGGGCCCCCCAGCCAGGCCCCCCCCCAGCUCUCCAUAGAAGAGAAUCCAUGUGAGUACUAGUGGGACCCGCUGCCCCCCAAGGUAUGGACUGUAAGCGCCACCGAGCAGCCCCCCAGAUCUCUCGCUUCUCCAGCCUCUGCCAAUCGCUCAUGCCCAUCUGCUAUGACUUACAUCCCUGCUGACCCCCCCCGGCCCAUCGCCCAGCUCUGCUUCAAACAUGGCUUAAAGGAGCCCUCACCCUGCAGCAUGCACCCAUUAAAGGGCACAGACACCCAUGUCAUGGGAGGGGACCCCCACCUGUUACAGGCAUGUUACACGGGUCCCACCGGGGCGACCAGGUUGCACCGGAGUCUGGAGAACCUACACUGGGCCUCCCUUUCCGAUGCCGCCGUUUACAGUCCCUUUAGAAGCGGCGACGGUGACUUUAUCCUGCAUUGCCGACGACCCCGAGGGGGCACCUUGGCCCACAGCAUGGCAGAGAUAAGUGGAAAUGCCACGGAGAGGGCCACGGUGCACAAAGACCUGGUUGGGCCUCCAAUCUCUAAGGUGCAACAGUGGCUGUUUCCUACUGGGGAUGACAAGGCCUCGCCUGGAGGUGCCAAAAGGGAUCUGAAGGAGAAGCUUAGAACUCACAGCUCCAAAAUGGCCGAGCCCCCCAGGCCAGUGCGACCCCUGACUUACCUAUGUAGCCACACAGAGGAGCACACAAGCCCCAGUAGCCCAGGGGCCACUAACAGCACAACGCCAGUCACAAGGCAAUGCACAAGCACCUUCCACUACAGAACCAGUCACGAAUACAUCAAACAAGAGGCCUUCAGGAGGCUUCAGCUCCGGAGGCAAAACAGCUCCCCCAACCUGGCCCUCCAUCAGGGAGAGAGGGAGAAUGGAAUGGUCAAGUCAAAGACAUCCGAGUCCUUCAGGGAACAAAGAGAGGAUUCUGGGAAGGAAUGGGACCAGGGGGUGCAGGAGAGAAAGCACAACAGGCUCUAUAUUCCAACCUUUGAAGAGUUUAAGAAGAUGCGCAACAAGGAGAAAGGACACCAAUCCGAAACGGAUCAUAGGGGUCCAGAAACUACAAAGACUGUACGUGGCUCCCCGCUGAGUGAUAGAGACUCACCAGUCCAAAGGCGGGAUAUCUGGCCAGGGUUCUUCAUGAACGUUCCACAGACAUCUUCUGUUUCUCAUGGGAACCAUGGCCCCGUGGGAGCAGGACGUUCUAAUGGGUUGUCCAUGGGUAACUCUAAGUCUAAGGUUGGGCAAAGCUCAAAGAUGGGGGACUUCUACUCUGUGGUUGUACAAAAGUCUUCUGAUUUGUCCACCAGGAACUGGAACUCGUCCAGUUUGGAGCUCAGAGCUCAGAGUUCUACUGGCUUCCCCAUGGGAGACUCAUCGACUGGCAACCAAGACUCUAUGGUAGCACAACAAUCUACUAGUUUGCCCCCUGGGGACUUUUAUUCUAUGGUUGUACAAAAGGCAGCGGAUGUGUCCACCAGGAACCAUGUGCAAAAUUCUACUGGUUUAUCUACAGGAGGUUUAUCUACUGGGAACCAUAACCCUAUGGUAGCACAAAAACCUACUUCUUUCUCCUCUGGGAACCAUGACCAUAAAUGUAUGGGUUUGUCCACCAGUAACAAUGUUUCUAAGGAAGUGCAAGGUCCUACUGGUUUAUCCACUGAAGACUGGGACUAUGGUAUGUUUAAACAUUCUACUGGGAACCACAACUCUUCAGUAGUAAAAAAUUCUACUGAUUUUCUUAUUAGGAGCCAUGACUCUAUGGUAAGGCAGAACCCUACUGGUCUGUCCACUGGUAACAGAGACUCUAUGGUAGUGCAUUACUCUACUGGUCUGUCCACUGGUAACAAAGACUCUAUGGUAGUGCAAUACUCUACUGACUUGUCCACUGGUAACAAAGACUCUAUGGUAGUGCAAUACUCUACUGGUCUGUCCACUGGUAACAAAGACUCUAUGGUAGUGCAAUACUCUACUGACUUGUCAACUGGUAACAAAGACUCUAUGGUAAUGCAAUACUCUACUGACUUGUCCACUGGUAACAAAGACUCUAUGGUAAUGCAAUACUCUACUGACUUGUCCACUGGUAACAAAGACUCUAUGGUAGUGCAAUACUCUACUGACUUGUCCACUGGUAACAAAGACUCUAUGGUAAUGCAGAACCUUUCUGGUUUGUCUUCUGGGAACUGUGACUCUAUGGUAGUGCAAAACUCUACUGGUCUGGCCUCUGGUAAUAAAGACUUUAUGGUAGUGCAAUACUCUUCUGGUCUGGCCUCUGGUAAUAAAGACUCUAUGGUAGUGCAAAACUCUACUGGUCUGGCCUCUGGUAACAAAGACUCUGUGGUAGUGCAAAACUCUACUGGUCUGGCCUCUGGUAAUACAGACUCUAUGGUAGUACAAAACUCUACUGGUCUGUCCACUGGGAACCACAACUCUGUUUCCAUGGGAGAAACCAGGAGUAAAGACCCAACCCAAGUAUCAGUGUUUUCUGUAGAGAAUGUAGAUCUUCACCAGGUCCAACUGCCUUUGGGGGGUAAUUCCAGCAGGACCCCCCUCAUUGAUCAGCAUGUUUCAUUGGAUGGCAAAGACCCCCCAACUACAUACAGCUCCGCCUUCCCAGCUCCCAUCUGUUCCAGCCCCCCUCCGAGGUUCCCAUUGCAGCCUGCGACACUGACCAGUGAUAAAGGGGCGCUUGUGGGGUGUCACCCUCUGGUGGCCAAUGGCAGUAGCCCCAGCGGAUCCCCCAACAUUGCUGGUCAGUGCGUAACCUCUGAGCCUCCAUCUUGCUGUCCAUCUUUGCUUUUAGAAGCAACUGACCUGUCUGGGUACAGCACCAAACUGCAGAAAAUGAAGGACGGGCUCAUCGGGUCGGCUCUGGACCUCAUCAAGAAAAGCUGUAGCGCUGAAUCCGCGGUGGAGUCUCCGACCAAGGUAUCAUGUGACCUCCCCAGAUCUGAUCUCACCGCCCCGGAGAAAAGCAAUCGAUCUUCUGCGGAGACCAUGGCAACGGCAACCUGCGUGACUGUGGGCGGCAACGAGAUGGGAACCGACACCAAAGCCAGUCUCUGCGGUUCCAGUUGCCGGAGGUCCAGCUCUGAUAUGACCCAUGAAACCGUAGAGAUAGGAAAGACCCCCCGCGGGUGCCGCCUGCGCCCACAUUUCAGCGACCCGAUGCCCACGGACGCGGUGAAGAGGAAACAGUUGGAACUAAAGAUUGCUGCAGCCGCCCGGCACCACGCACAGAGGAGGAGACAAGACAGAGAUAACGGCCCGGUUCUGAUGAAGGCCAACACUACGACUUCCUGCAUCUCGGAGAAGGAAACCGACCCAAACGGCAGACAGCGCCAGCGAUACCGGCACCGCUGGAGCAACAUCAGCAGCUUGAGUACCGACAGCGGGAUUGUGGGAGUGAACGACGAGAAGGAGGAGGGCGAAUGGGGGGCGGGAAGGGCCCCCAAACCAGCGGAGGUGGAAAGGGCGGACAGUGGGAUAGGAGAUGCCUUCUCCAGGAGGUGGAGAACCCGUGUAGCAGAAGCCACAGCCUCCUUGGAGGCCUGGGAGGCCCAUCGCCCCUGUACGGACUGCGGGGAGAGGGACCCGAGCGGCGACACCGAGAGCCGGGGCAAACGGAGGGAAACCUUGUGCUCCAAGUGCCUGAUGCGCAGGGUGCAACGCAAAGAGGCCAUAAUGGAGUUUGUCAACACGGAGGCCAGUUACGGGGAGGAUCUGCGCAUCAUCAAGGAGGAGUUUUAUAUCCCCAUGCAGAGCGCAGGGCUCCUCACCCACGAGCAGCUCCUCGUCAUCUUCACCAACAUCCAGGAGCUCAUUGGCCUCAACGAGAAGUUCCUGGAGGUCCUGCAGGAGGAGAUCGACCAGGCGUUUGAUCAGGGGGACGACGACUUGAUAACCGUUUGCCUGGGGGAAGUGUUCCUGGAGUUUGUGAAUAUGCUUCCGGCCUUCCAGACUUACUGCCUCCAGCACUCGGCCUCCGUCUCACUGCUCAAUGCGCUGGAGAAGGAGAAGGAGCUGCUACGGAUAUUUCUGGACGUCUCUCAGAACGACAACACUGCUUUACGGCGGAUGAACUUCCGGUCGUUCCUGAUCGCUCCGCUGCAGAGAGUCACCAAGUACCCCCUGCUGCUCAGCCGGAUCCUGAAGGGCAGCACCGACUUCCACCCCGACCACAGCAGCUUGUGGGAAGCCAAGAGUCGCAUCGAGUCGCACCUGGAACACAUUAACAUGAAGACCAAGCAGGAGGGGAACCCUUGGAGCAUCCGAUCGUUCCGCAGGGAGAGCAAGAGAACCCGGGAGGGAACCAACAUCGAGAUGCGGGAAUUGGCCCUCAGGCAGGUCGCUUGGCCCCGGGAGGAGACGCGGUUCAUAAAGGAAGGGGCCCUCCAGCUGGCGCAGCCGACAGACGGGCAGUGGGUGAGGAAAGGGUGCAAAGCGCUAAAGUUCCAGAGCGUCCAGGCGCUGCUCAUGGUCAAUAUGCGCAGGGUGUCGGCGUCGGACGUGGAAGUCGGAGCUGCGGAGAACCCGGCCGUUAGGGACGCGGUGCUGGUUCUGAUCAAGGACAAGAGUAACGGGAAGUUUGUGCUGUUCCGCGACCCCCUGAAACUGAGCAACUGCGUCGUAUCGGCCGAUCCGGACUCUGACGAUACCUUCGAACUGCUGGAGAUCCGCCGGGAAGGCUUGGUCCUCCGGGACGGGGACAUCUCCCGGACUCAGCACUGGUACCGGCAGCUCAAGUUCUACUCCGGUUGGCUGGGAACCUGGAAGCGACGGCGCAAUGCGCUGCCCAACAUUAUGAUAAGUUCCGCGCAAAGCAGGCCCUGAGCUGGGUACCGGUACUGGGGCAGAACCCACUUGGCUGGUUCCGUUGUGAAAUCCCUGAUGGGGCUGAUCCUGGACAGAGCUGGAGAGCAGGGACCCGGUUUAGUUCUGUCACAUUCCAGCAGGGGGCGCAGCAGUUCCAUUCCGCUCCGCAGGGGAGGAGCAGCGCCAGGAUUGGCCGAAUUCACUGAGUAAAAGGACAAAUCCAAUUGGGUUUUGCUGAGCAAUUUUGCACAUAAAUAAACACUGGGAUCAGACAG